AAUUGUCAUUUGUGGUCUUUCAAGUUGUGUGAGUGCAAAAACUUCUUCGCUUUUUGAAAUUGUAAACAAUGGCAGCACGUCGCGUGGCUACAUCCUCCAUUAACUGGGCCUCUUUGGCUGAACGUGUCCCUCCCAACCAAAAGGCCAACUUCGCCGCUUUCAAAACCAAGUCGGACGCUUACAUGCGCGCCGUUUUGGCCAACCCUGAAAAUCCACCAAAGAUUGACUGGGCCCACUACAAGAAGUUGGUUCCCGUUCCCGGUUUGGUUGACACUUUCCAAAAGCAAUAUGAAGCUUUGAAGGUUCCCUAUCCCUCGGAUACCGUCACCGCCCAAAUUGAAGCUCAGGCCAAGGAAGCCAAGGCUGAAGUUGAUAGCUUCAAGAAGAGCUCUGAACAACGCAUCGCUCAACUCCAAAAGGAAAUCGAUCACUUGAAAUCCUUGUUGCCAUUCGAACAAAUGACCAUGGAAGAUUACCGCGAUGCAUUCCCCGAUUUGGCUUUGGAUCCAGUCAAUCGUCCAACAUUCUGGCCCCACACCCCUGAAGAACAGGUCGGUUACGUGUCGAAGGAAAUGGAAGCUGCCAGAGCUGCCCAUGAACAUUAAAUACAACGUCGA